CAACUAAACUUGGAUCCACUUAGACAACAAUAUUUUACUCUGUUGCUUCCCUCCAGACAUGGACUGUAAAAGAAACUCUAGCACAAAGACUGGUUCCUGAGGAGGUUAGAGGUUUUCUCACUUUUUUUCUCCACGUCUCUUUCUUCUCAGGAUUCCUCUUUGUUGCUGCAGAAACAGAUGCUUCUUCCUGUUCAGCUGAGAGUGAAUCACUCUCACUGUAGUUUUGUGUGUAAAGGACUUCUGUUUGAUGUUUCUGCAGACUGUUGACUUUACAGACUCUUGCUGAUGCUCAGGAAGGACUCUGUUUGAUCAGAACGAUUGCAGAUUUUAUUUCAGGUAAUUAUCAUUUUAUCUCAGAUUUGCUCCAAUAGUGUGUCAAGAUAAAUGUAAUCUUCUUCAGUUUCUUUUUUGGUUCACUUUUGUGUUCACUAUUUUGUAUGAAGUUGUCCCAGGAUUACAUUUGGACCGGUCUUGUGACACUUAAGUGUCAAAGUACACAAUCCAGAAAUAGCCUUUACUACCACUGUGGUGUGAGUAGUGUGUGUAGUUCCACUGUAUAAUUUCAGAAAUCACAUGAUGACUUUUACCCAGAAAUGGAGAUAAGUUUAUAUGUAGCUGUUAUAAUCCAAUAGAACAAGUUUAGUGGUACAAACUGAGAUCAAAAAAUAUUAUACUUUUGAAGAGCUUGGACCAUGAUUGCAUUUUGUCUACAGGACUUCUUGACUGAACUGAAGCCAACUCACCAUGUCCUGUGAAUCAGACCCUUACAUCUUCUCCACGGAUGCCUUACCCAGCGACCUGCGCUUCCUCCCCCCUCUGGCCAACGGUCUGCUGGGAUGGAGGGUGUACAACAAUAUCAUGCACAUGGGUGGCGUGUAUAACGGCGAGGGUGGACGCUGUCAUCGUGCGGAUGUUCCCUGCCCUCUAGCUGUGAGGGUUGAGGUAGAGGAACCGGUCCAGCACAUGUACAGCAUGGACACCCACACAGGUAAUCUCUCCAGUGUUUGACUGUCCGGGUGUCAGGACUUCUGUUGGAGGUGGUCCCGUUUCUUGCUGCUAAGUUCUUCAUCUUCACAUUCAGGUGUUUUUACCCACACACUGAGCUCAGCGAGUGUGGCUGUGUCGCAGUCCUUGUAUUCACAUCGUUACUACUCCAACCUGAUGGUGAUGGAGGUUCUGAUGGUGCGUCAGGUGGCAUCAGAAGAACCAAUCACUGUGCAGCUGGUCAGUUCCUUCUCUCCACAGAGCAAAGACAUUGUAUUUGAGUCUGGACCUGAUUACAAAGGUGGAAGGUAAGAUCCACAAAAAUCAAGUGUACAGUUCACACUGUUUGACACUGACUGCCUUUAUGGCUUUCACCCUCAGCCACAUCCAAGGAAAGACGAACAGCGCCGAGUACCCAGGAGGUUUCUGUCCUGAGGUGCACCUUAUCUGGACACCCAUACCUACCUCUCUGACACUUCUUCCAGAGCAGAGCCAGGCUCGCUGGGGCUUCAUCCUGAUCGUGGCCAACAGUUUAAAUACUGCAGAGAUGAAUUUCGAUGAGGGCCUGAAUCUGAUGGCGACUGGUAACCUGCGCCCAGCUCAUGAAAAAGCCUGGAAGGAGCUGUGGCUGCAGAGCAAGGUGGAGGUGGUGGGGUCAGAGAGCCUCUGCAAGGCUCUGAUUGGCUGCUUGUUCUACCUCCUCAGUGCUUUCCCCUCCAUACAUGACACUUCCGGGUCUUUUGGUGGGGUCAGUCCAGGCGGGUUGUCUAAUGGUGGGGACGGUCAGGACUACUGGGGCCACGUUUUCUGGGACCAGGUACGGCUAGCAGCAGCGGAUGAUUGGCUUGGUUGUAUGAUGUGUCACACAACAAUUCUGCUGUCUUGUUGUAGGACAUUUGGAUGUAUCCUGGCAUAGCUCUUUUCUAUCCAAAGCUAGCCCGAUCUGUGCUGGAGUACAGGGUAGGAACUAUCGAUGGUGCUAAAGACAACGCCCAAAAGCAAGGCCACAAGGUAUGAUUAUCAUUAGAAAACUCUGUGUCACCAUUGCAGCUCAUCAUUCGAGUAUGUGCACACCUCUGCAAUGAGACAAACACAUUUCUAAUGAAGGCAAAAGAGCUGGUCUCCAGGUUUUUUUUUUCCUUAUUUGCAUGUAGUGCUUUGAGUAAAAAUCUAAAGCAUGGAAAACCGGACAGCCUAGCUCCAUUCAGAGUUUUACAAAAUAUGCCCGCCAGUGUACAACCAGAAUACAAAGAAUUUGUGGCUUCUGGUUUUGGUUCACAUACUAUAAACCAAAAGGCUGCAUCACAGGCUGAGACUUGUGGAACUAUUUGUUUCCGUGUUUAGAUCAAACAUCUUAGAUAUACGGGAAGAUCUUUAAAGAUUGAUAUGUUACCUUUGGGUUAAGCUUGACUGGCUGUUUCCCACAGCUGUAAAUCUUUUAUGCUCAACUUUGACUUCUUGCUUUAUCCUCCGACAUGAGAGAGGGGUUAUUUUUUAUUAAAAUCCUCACAAGUACAACGAAGUAAAUGGCAACUAUAUGACAAAACCAAAGUGUGCCAUAAACUUUAAGAACAUAACUUAUAUAGAACAUAUCUAAAAGUUCGCUUGGUUACCUCUGAUCUGAUCUUAAAAAAAGUACUUCAAAACCUGGGAAAAAAUCACAGAAAAGCUUACUUUACUACUAAGAGACAUGAACAUCACAGCACAAAAACAGCCAUUUUUAUCUGUGGGCUUAUCUUAUGACAUUUGACUGGGAGGAAGUGUUUAACAAUGAAAACGCAAAAUUCAACUGAACCCAACAGUUUGGCGUAGAUGUUUUUGUUGUUUAUUCUUCUAUUAGAGUCCCUGUUUUGCAUUGAACAAAAAUGAUUGUUUGAGUUGUUUGACUCUAAAAGAGAAAUUUGAUCUGUACAGGGGCUGAAGUUCCCGUGGGAGAGUGCUGUUUCAGGCAGAGAGGUGUGUCCAGAGGACAUCUACGGACAACAAGAGAUUCACAUAAACGGAGACGUCACCCUGGCCUUCCAACACUAUCUCUACCUCUCCGAGGUGCACUGUUUAAUGUCCACUCACCAGUACUGUGCGCUGUUUCACUCCAGGUAAUGAUACUGACUGAAGUCUUUGUUACAGGAUCUGUCCAUGUUCACUGAGGGCAGGGGCAGUGAGGUGGUUUAUGGUGUGGCUGAUUACUGGGUUUCUAGAGCAACACUCAACCCUGAGGACCAGAAGUACCACCUUCUCGGUAAAAACAUGAUUAUAAAGACAACAAAUCUAUGAUAUUUAUUCAGCUUUACACCAGAGGAGAUCUCUGGAAGAACUCUUACAAUAAAACUCAAUUGAAGCUCAACUUCACUCUUUAAAGUUUCUUGUUUUUCUUUUCUUAAAUAUUUUAGGACUUUUUUUAGAUAUUUUAAAUUUGAUAUUAAAACACACUUCUCAUUGUCCCAUGUAGGAGUUAUGCCCCCUGAUGAAUACUACUACAAUGUCAACAACUCAGUGUACACAAACACAGCGGCCAAAAUCAGGUAACAGGGAUGUGACUUUACUUUGCAGUGCAGAUGAAUAUGAAUACUGCUGCCAAAUACAGUUUCUCAUCUUUCAGUUUACAGUUUGCUGUCGAGCUGGCGGCCCUUCUUCAUCAUCCUGCACCAAAGGAGUGGCAAGAAGUGGCAGAAAACCUUGUAAUACCUUUUGACCAAGAAAAACAGUACCACCCCGAGUUUGACGGCUACACUAAAGGUGAAUUUUUGAAAUGGGCCUAUAUAAGAGGAAUUCUAGAGUUUAGAGCUCUGUGUGAGGGUGUAUUUGGGCCUCUUUCAGGUAAUCCAGUUAAACAGGCAGAUGCAGUAAUGUUGGGCUAUCCUCUGGGAUUGCCAGUAACCCCGGAGAUCAGGAGAAAUGACCUGGAAGCGUAUGAGCCGGUAACAGAUCCUCAUGGUCCAGCCAUGACGUGGGUAAGAUAUGGCAUGUUGAUACAUCUGUUUGAGAUUUUUGGGAGGAUUUGGAGUCUAUUUUGAAAAACUACAGGAUACUGGAAAAUUAGGGGUAGGGGUUUAAAUGAAGGGAGGGAUUGUGCUUUACAGUACUUAAAUUUUACAUGAGCAUUUACUGCAAAGUGUACCCAAUUUUUUACGUUUUACAAAGAUGUAAGUUUCAAAACUCGUCUUAGGUUGUAAUGAGAGUUAAGUUUCUCCUUUAUGAGUUGGUUGCUUGUAGUGUAAAAAUGUUUUGCAGUGUUUCUGUUCACUAUAAAAUCCUGUUAUUUGUGUCCUUGUAUUUAUGCACCAAUAUGUUUAAUUCCAUUUGAAGGGUAUGUAUGCUAUUGGCUGGCUGGAGCUGGGGGAGGCAGAAAAGGCACAUGGCUUACUUGGGAAGUGCUACAGCAACAUUCAGGGUCCAUUUCAGGUAUCCAUCAGGCUCACAUAUGCUGACACCAGACUUGUUUAUGCAUUCUAGUACCUAGAGAGCAUCUUAUUUAAUCUCUCCUCUGUAGGUGUGGAGUGAGUCAUCUGAUGGAUCUGGAGCUGUCAACUUUCUCACGGGUAUGGGAGGAUUCCUGCAAGCUGUGCUGUUUGGUUACACCGGCUUCAGGUUAGAAGGAGGGAGGACUGCACCACUGAAAAUGAAUACAGCAUGUUCGCAGUAACACAAAGUUUGAGCUGAAAAUCUGUUUUUACUAGGGUUCAAAGGGAAUGCUUGGCAUUUUCCCCGCUUCUUCCCAAGGACAUCUCUGAGCUCUGUGUCCGUGGUGUGAACUACCUGGGCAGCCAGAUGGACUGGCUAAUAAGAAAAGAUGAAAUUUGUGUCAUUCUGAGGGAACAGGAUAGCAACUCCAACACCAAGUUGUACGAUCUACAGGUGGUCCUGAGGGCAUCAGGAACGAAAAUUCCUCUCAACCCAGGUAUUAUACAGUCCAAAAUAGUCACAAAUCAAAAAGUUCCACACAGGAGGAGCUUUAAGUUGUUUAACUUGUUGUUUUAGACAUUGUCAAAUAUGCUUGUUCUUCAGGUCAGCCAACAACUUUUCCUCGAGAGCCUGGAUGUGUUUGUAAAGCAAUGUCAACAUCCUCCUGUUGGCCUUUCUGAAACCUCAUCUGUGAGCUUCCUAAUCAUCUCAUGAAGCCAGACUGGAAGAUGUGACACCAAUUUAUUGAGGGGUCUGGCUGCAGACCUCCACUGUGAGGACCUGCUCCACUGAGAGGACCCGAGGUGACAUCUUUUCUCACGCGCUCUAGUUCGUUUGAAGUGGUCAUGCCAAAGUGUAUUUUCUCUCUGUUGAACAUGUGAAAACACAAAAAAUCAUAUAUACACAUAAAAUAAAGCCUCAAUAAAUAAUAUAUAUUCACACAAGACAAAAAAUACAUACUUCCUAGUCUUAUCACUUUUAAUUUGGAAGGCUGCGAAUCAACUUCUGAUGCAAAAAAGACAUACUCCUGGUAUAUUUGCUCUUAUUUUGAAAGGCUUCAAAUCAACUUCCGGUCUGCACAGUGACGGUGGGUCCUCACAGUGGAGGUCUGAAACUAAGGGUCCUGACUAUGAAGGUCUGCAGCCAGACUGUCUUGAAUUUAUUUGAUCUGGCAACUUCUUAUAUUUUUUCACCAUUCUUCAUAGAUCAAGAGAGAAUCAUGCAGUAUUCUUUUUUUGAAUGUGAUUAUAUCUUAUUACUUAUAGACCUGCCUCUUGCUGCAUGAAUGUAAGUUAUACAUGGUUUAAUGUAAAGGCAGCGUGGACAGUCUGCUCCUGUUUUUAUACUACAUCAUGUCUUAGGACAAAGCUACUAACUUCCCCACUACAUUUGCUUGACACAGCCAACCUCUCAGGGUCCAUCCUGUUUCUGUGUUGAGGUGAUAUGUGAAGGGGAUGCAGCAGUGUAAUUCUUUUGCUGGAUGACAUAUAAAGCUCCUUACUUUCAGGGACCUAAAAACAGUCUAUAGCUGUUAAAAUGACAUCAUUUUUCUACUUUAAAUUAAUCUGUCCAAAUUUGUAUACCAGCACUUUCCUACUGUCAGAAUUUCUCAUGUGUAAAAUUACUUUUUCAUGUGCAUUGUUUCAAAAGCAAGCCAAUUACACUAAUACAAACUCAUAAUAUUCAGUUUUAGGACAAUUGUCCUUUGUGUCCAUCUAUCAAGAGUUAGCAUUUUUUUUGUAAUCAUGACAAUAAAAAUGUGUUUUGCAUACUUUUGUGUCAAGAGGAUACUCAUUUUUCUUUUUGGUUUGUCUCCGAAAAAUGUAAAUAUGCCACCUACUCAAACGGGGGUUGAUCCAGAGGGAGGCCAGAGGUGGCCACGGCCAUCGAAGUGGCCUCACCUUGAUCCUUAACUCUUAUUGGCUCUUUCCAUUGUCUUAGGCAGGACUUUUAUUAAAUUCCCCACUGGGCUGUGUUGUAACAGGAUAAGUGUGGCUUACUCUAUUCUAGGGUAGCACAUUUUCAUUUGUCUAUAUUGCGACUUCGGGACAUCUUCAUAUUGAUCCCUGGUGUUGUAGAUAAGACUCCUGCUUCUCAAUGGAAUGAUUACAGGUUUCAAAUCCUGGAAAAGGACAGUUUGUGUCCUUUUCCAGGACAUCACUCUAUAGCCACAAAUAAUGCUCAGAACAGCACCUAACUUCAUCAACAGUACAUAUAGGGUCCCAGCCAUAGCACAAGCCACCAAAAAUAUUUUUAAUUUUGCCUAAUUUCUUUAGCAAAGAGACUAAACACAACUCACCAUCUCUCUUCCAGCAGCCACUUGUUUGUAACAAGACCUCAGGCCAGUCCAUUACGGAGUGCUGCGGAGUGACGCAGCUCAAGGGAGAACAUUUCAAGGCAAAGGCAAAGUUAAAAAGAUUUUUGGUGGCUAGGACCCUAUAUGUACUGUUGAUGAAGUUAGGUGCUGUUCUUAUUUGUGACUAGAGAGUGGUGUUUUGAUUGAGCGUGUGGUUCUCUGUAUUGCUAUCUGCGGUCGGUACUUAGGUUGGUAUAAGUAGAGAAGCAAGCAGUCAGCAACAUUCAUCGCUCGAGGGGGUGUCUAACUCAGUGUUAUGGUGUGUUUGACCAUAACUUAAAUUUACACCGGGAUAUUCCUUUAAUGUUGAUUAUUUUUAGCAGUCUAUUCUUUAUAAGACUGAUUGUAAUUACUAAAUCAAAUUUUCAUAUUUAAUGCUACUAAUCAUAGUUUCACUCAGUGUUGAUAUGCUGUCUUCUUUGACAUUGGUUUAACUUCAGUUUUUGGUUUUUAUAUGCGUAUACUCCAUGAUAAUUCCUAAAAUCUAUCAAAAAGUAUUCCUAUAGUCCA